AUGCCGACACAGCCGACUGAGGCAGAAAUACUGUGGAAGGCUCUGAUCGUCAUUGCCGCUCUCACUGAAGGAAAUGGCAUUGCUAAUGUAAGUCACAUCGACAUCACAAAUGACACACUGGAGCCUGUCUACGAACUUACUACUGAACUACCUCUCAAACCAAGGAUCAGUAGUUUAAUUGCGACAUCCGUGGUAGAUCUGAGCGAAUACGUACGAACUGGGACCGACCAUUCCAUUGUGCACAUCGAGUGGGAAACGAACACCGAAAAUCUGGACGAGUACAGGUAUAGUUAA